AUGGCUGCAGGGCCGUUGGAGCUAUGGAACCACCGGUCGAUGCAGAUCCUGGUCCUCCUCAGCCUUGGGCUCCAGCUCGUCCUCUUCGUCUUCGCCGGGAUCCGCCGGCGUCAAAACCUUCCCGUGCGGAGGCUCCUUCUGUGGCUAGCGUACCUCAUGGCCGACUCCACGGCCGUGUACGCCGUCGGCCACCUGUCGUUCGGCAGCACGGUGCGCGAGCACCGGCUGGUGGCGUUCUGGGCGCCGUUCCUGCUGCUGCACCUCGGCGGCCCGGACAACAUCACUGCCUACGCGCUCCAGGAUAACCAGCUCUGGCUCCGCCACCUCCAGAUUCUCGUCGUGCAGGUUCUCGGAGCGGGCUACGUCCUCUACAAACACAUCGCUGUCGCCGGCGGCGAGGACGGGAAGUUCCUCCGGGGCGCCUCCUACAUGAUGUUCGCCGUCGGCGUCGUCAAGUACGCGGAGAGGACAUGGGCGCUCAGGUGCAGCACCCUGGAGAGCAUAGGCGCCUCCCUCAAGACGCGGCUGCCGGCCAUCCACAAGCAUUACCACCCUCAGGACAACGCCACGGAGGAGGAGUUCAACCUGCGCCGUGCUCACUCGCUGUUCCACAUCUGCAAGCGAGCCAUCGUCGACUCCUCAGUGGUCGAGGAGGACUUCGUGGACAGCCUAGAAGAGGAGGACGCCAACAAACUGAUACAUGGCGUGGAGCUGUGGACGCUGAUGGAGAUCGAGCUCUCCCUCAUGUACGACGUCUUGUACACCAAGGCGGCCGUGGUGCACACCUCCAUGGGCUACCUGAUCCGCGUCAUCUCGCCGCUCACCGCCGCCGUCUCGCUGGUGCUGUUCCAGCUCACCCCCAAGGACGACCACGACAGAGCUGACGUGGCCAUCACCUACGUCCUGCUGGGUGGCGCCGUGUUCAUGGAGACGACAUCGCUCCUGAACGCGCUGGCAUCGUCGUGGACGUUUGCAUUCCUGAGCAGCACCAGGUGGCAAUGGCUUCGGUACGGGGUCCUAUGCAACGAGAGGUGGGACAAGCUCCGGCGUGCGGUCGUGUGGCUUCACCAUCUCGUCAAGCAAGGUGAUAGCAGGUACAAGUCAAGAAGGUGGUCCUACACCAUCGGGCAGUACAACUUGCUGCACUUCUGCACACGCCCCGCUGACACGCCACUCACCAGCCCCCUGCUCGGGAGGCUAGCCAGGGCGCUGGCACUCGACGAGUGGUGGAACAGGAGGCACUACUCGGCGACCGUCGAGAUGUCCGGUGAGAUCAAGCUUCGCAUCGCUUUGUACAUGAGGCGGUUGUACACCGGAGGGAAGUUCAACUCAGGUAUGCUAAGGAAGAAGUGGGGUGAAGAACCGCUGGUACGCCGUGGGCUUUACAGCGGCGUCCUCAUGGACUCCCUCGGUGUCGAGUUCCAGGAGGGGAUCAUCAUCUGGCACAUUGCCACCGAGGUCUUCCUCACCAAGAGCGAGAAAGCCAAGGCCGUGGACGCCGCGCCUAGUGUGCAUGCCAUUAGGGUCAUGUCCGACUACUUGAUGUUCCUUCUGGUGCAACGUCCCUACAUGUUGCCGGGCCAGCCCCAAAAGAGGUUGUACCAACGGACCUGCGAAAGGCUGGUCACCAAGCGAUCGGUUGAUCCUAGGUACCCAAGCCGUGCACGCGUCGUCAAGGAUCUGUUCCGGAUGCGUGAUGCCCCACACUCCAACAUUUCUAGGGUCGCCGAGAGAGAGGAGCUCGCCAAUAACUUGUACGACGAAUAUGAGAACCACGAGUUCAGCCACCUUGCUCCUCGUCUCACUCACAUGGCUCGACUCGCCAAAGAUCUGCUGGAGAAGGAGAAGGAUGGCACGACCGACUCCUUGGGGCUUGUCCUUGACGUGUGGAUGGACAUUCUCGUCUACGCGAGCAACAAGUGCAGCAGGGAGUCCCAUGCCCAGAAGCUCAACAGUGGAGGCGAGUUGACGACCAUCUUGUGGCUUAUGGCAGAAUACAUCUACCAAGCAUCGAUUGCCCAAAAAGAUGAUGUACUCUAA